GUCAAAAUCCCUAAUUAGAAUUUUCCCGCCAGAUUUGUCAAAACACCCCUCCUCGAUUGUCGAUACAGUCCAGGUUCCUGAAAUGUUCUCGUCAGGGCGACAUUAGGGUUUCUUCAUUCCCGUCCUUCAGAUUCGUAUUUGAAACAGGAAGGAGAGAAAAAUGGGUAUACAAGGGCUUUUGCCGUUGUUGAAAUCGAUAAUGGUACCGAUUCAUAUCAAGGAGCUCGAGGGUUGUAUCGUCGCCGUCGAUACAUAUUCAUGGCUACACAAAGGGGCUUUAUCUUGUAGCCGAGAGCUCUGCAAGGGAUUACCCACCAAGAGGCAUAUUCAAUACUGUAUGCAUAGAGUGAAUUUACUUCGCCAUCAUGGAGUGAAGCCUAUCAUGGUCUUUGAUGGAGGUCCGUUACCGAUGAAACUAGAACAAGAGAAUAAGCGUGCUAGGUCCAGAAAGGAAAAUCUUGCUCGUGCAUUGGAGCAUGAAGCAAAUGGAAAUUCCUCAGCUGCUUAUGAGUGCUACUCAAAGGCCGUAGAUAUUUCACCUUCUAUUGCACAUGAGUUGAUACAGGUAACAGUACUCUUCUCCUGAUAAAAAGAUUCAUAGUUGUCUUUAAUUGCUUUGUUUUCCAUUUCUUUGAACCGAAGUUUUCUAAUUUCUACCAUUCAAGGUUCUGAGGCAGGAGAAUGUUGAUUACGUUGUUGCUCCUUACGAAGCUGAUGCGCAGAUGGCAUUCUUAGCUAUUACUAAGCAAGUUGAUGCGAUUAUCACUGAGGAUUCUGAUCUCAUACCUUUUGGCUGCCUAAGAAUCAUUUUCAAAAUGGACAAGUUUGGUCAUGGUGUUGAGUUUCAAGCCUCCAAGCUACCCAAAAAUAAGGAUCUCAGUCUAUCAGGAUUUUCAAGCCAAAUGCUUCUCGAAAUGUGCAUAUUAAGUGGCUGCGAUUAUUUGCAGUCACUUCCAGGAAUGGGACUCAAAAGAGCACAUGCACUCAUUACAAAAUUCAAAAGCUAUGACAGGGUAAUUAAGCACUUAAAGUACAGCACAGUUUCAGUUCCUCCUCUUUAUGAAGAGUCAUUCAAGAGAGCUUUACUGACUUUCAAGCAUCAACGUGUCUAUGACCCAAAUGCUGAAGAUAUCAUACACUUGUGUGACAUUUCUGACAACCUUGGUGAAGAUUCAGAUUUUGUAGGCCCAUCGAUGCCACAAGAUAUUGCUAAGGGUAUAGCUCUAGGCCAGCUUGAUCCCUUCACACAGUUGCCAUUCCAGGCUGAGAGUGUUACUCCUAAAUUGGCUGUUGAUGAUAUAUCCCGUCCCAAAAGUUUCAAACCUGAAACUGUAAAGAAAAAGCUUGAUUUGCCAGUCCAAAAAAACCUUCUCACCAAGUACUUCUGCUUUGCGUCUGUUGAGGCAAAAAGAAAAUUCAAGGCUCCUAGGAUAUCACCAAUGUCUCUGACCCCAACUGAUGAGUCUCCAAGCAUUCCUGAUGACAACACACCAGAUUUAGAUGCUCUUUCAAGCCAGACAACAAAUGAAUCCCCGGUUUAUAGCUUGGGUGAGAAUCCAUGUGUUAGCGAAGUUGCAGAGAAAAGAGAUUCACCCGAUGACGAUGCAGUGGAAAGGAAUCACAAGGACCUUCAUCAUAAAUACUGCGAACGGGAAGUGGAUAGGCCGAAGUCAGAUAGUUUGAAGGUUAUAGUAAGAAGCAAGUAUUUUAAGCAGAAACAGGAGGACAAAAGUCUGAAACAAUCGAUCCCAUGUCUUAAUGAUUGCUCUGUGAUUGGUCAGAGAAAGGCUGUUAAAACUGUGAUUAACAUGUCAAGCGCGUCUAAAAGAGAAGAGAGUCACAGAGCUAUAGCAACAAGUCCAUGUUUACACCAUGACCGAAUCUACAACGAUCAUGAAGAUGCUAAAGAAGCGAGUUUCUCUGCCAUGAACGAGGUGGCUGAGAGAACAAUAAACACCCACAAGAUUAACCAUCAGAUCAAUGAAGAAGAACAGAACCCAUCCGUUGAAAUUCCUUCUGCCUUUAGUACUCCCGAGAAUGUUAUACCUCUCUCUUCCAUUGCUAUUGAUAGUUGCCAUGGAGUUGCAACAGGGAAGAGGAAGCUUGACUCAGAUGAAAACCUUCACAAGGAAAAUUUGAAAUCCAAGCACAUGCGCAUGGAUGAAACUGAUACUGCUCUUAAUGCAGAAACACCAUUAGAAACCGAUGAUGUUGAGAAGUUUGGAUCGAACAUUUCACAUAUAGGGCAUUACUCAGAAAUAGCAGAGAAAUCAGUGGAAAGAUUUGUCUCAGCUAUAUCGUCUUUCAAAUAUUCUGGGACUGGCUCUCGUGCUAGCGGUCUCCGUGCCCCUCUCAAAGAUAUCCGCAACACUUGUCCGUCCAAAGGGUUAUCUCUUAAACCAGACAUCAGCAAGUUUGGCUAUGCGUCAAGCAACCGACACAUGGUGACAAAGUCAAGGAGAAUGUGAGCUCAGAUUUGUAAGUUAACCAUCUCUUUAGAGCCACAUGUGAGAGCUUUAGCUUUAGAAUUAACUUCUUGGUCGCAUGAUGAUAUUUUUGGUGUUGUGUCUGUAUUAGCUUUCUACUUACUGUGCAUAGCAUUCUUGUUCAAAGACACUUCACACAACAGUUGGAUUCAUAAAUGAAACAACUUUCAACUUGUCAUC